AUGAAAGUCUUCUUGUGUAUUUUGCUACUUUCUCUUGGAUUUAUCUGGGUGUGCGGUGUCGGGGAAGUACUGCCGCUUGAGGCCUAUGAGAACCGCACGUUGUAUCCGGUGAUUCCAACGUACGACCGUCUUCCCCUGCUAAGCAUUGGUGUUCUUAGUGAUAUUCAGUACGCUGACGAGGAAGAAAAGUCUCGACGACAUUUUCGCCUUAGCCCCGGUAAGGUUGAGCACGCUGUGAAGGAGAUGAAUGCCAAUCGCAGUCAUAUGGACCUUGUCAUGCAUCUUGGGGACACCGUCAACCGCGACAUCGCAAGGAAUCUCCAAGUGAUUAAUUCGAUUCUGAAGCAGUUGCAAUUUCCCUUUUUCCAGUUACUGGGGAACCACGAUUUCUUGGGGCUGGGCGAAGAGCACCAUGAUCAUGUUUAUCGUUUGCUGAGGAUGCCAGCCCGUUACUAUAGUCUUCAGGUAGGUGAGGGCGGCGUGUUCCUUCUCAUUGUGCUCGAUGGGACGGAUCUGUCGGUGUUUGCAACAAGGGCCGGUACUGCCAGACGGGCAGAAACGAAUGGCAUGAAGCAUCGUUAUCGUCAUCGCAAAAAUAUGUUGGAUGUUAAUGGAGGCAUUGGUGAGGAACAAAUGCAAUGGCUUCGCAUGCAGCUGGAGUACGCUAGUAAGCAGAAGAUGGUUGUGCUGGUAUUCUGUCAUUUUCCCAUGUACCCUUACGACGAUGAGCUCAAUCUCUGGAAUGACGUGGAAGUUGUGCGUCUGCUCUCCAAUUAUUCCUGCGUUGCCGCUGUCAUAUCGGGCCACACCCACCGUUGGGAGCAUGAGCAACUUGUGGUGGCUCACAAGAACGGGGAAUUCACCAUUCAUUUUGUUAAAUUUGGUGGCAUUGUUCAGUCUCCUUUUACCUCUUGGGGCUUCAUUGAGGCAUAUGAAAAAGAGCUUCACUUGCACGGUCUGAAUUUCGGCCGUGUGUUUGACUAUCGUCUGCCCAUCCGCGGGGUGCCUGGGGGGGCAGUGUUGCGCAAGACAACACGGGUUUUGUCGUCAGGGCCCUUUAUUCGCCGCCGGAGGAAUGUAAGAGUGAUUUCUCGAUGUGGUGGUGACACAAAGUGGCUUCGAAACAUCAUACACCAACCCGUUCCUAAUAAGACUGUGGGCAGAACCGAGAAUGUUUCAAGUUUAAUGUGGGUUGAAUGUGUUAUUUUUCUUUCUUUGGUUGGUGGCAUCGCUCUGCUGCGUUUGAUGUGUCGGAAAAACCGAGGGCGUCAAAGUAAAUUUGUCAGUGUUAGG